AUGGCCGACCUUGCGAAGAAGAAGUGGUGGCAGAUCCGGUGGUUCUCAGAGGACGACACGGCCGAGGACCGCAAGUUCAUCAUGAAGCUGGACCUGAUCAUCGUGCCGUAUCUGGUGGUGUCAUACUGGGUCAAGAAUCUGGACCAGAACAACCUGAACAAUGCCUAUGUGUCGGGCAUGAAGGAAGACCUGGGCUUCUACGGCAACCAGCUGAUCCAGCUGCAGACGAUCUACAUUGUCGGGGCUGUUCUCGGCCAGCUGCCCUUUCUGUUUGUCUUUACGUAUGUGCCUAUGCACUACCUGUUGCCCGGAUUGGACGUUUUUUGGGGCAUUUUCACGUUGCUGCAGUACCGUGCGGCCGGCUACUCGGAGAUGAUGGCGUACCGCUUCAUGAUCGGCUGGUUCGAGGCUGCCUACUUCCCGGCCGUGCACUACGUCCUCGGCUCGUGGUACCGCCGCUACGAAAUCAGCCGUCGCGGUGGCAUCUGGUACAUCGGCCUGCCCAUCGGCACAUUGACGGCAGGCCUCGUCCAGGCCGCAGCCACCCAGCGGCUCGACGGCGUCCACGGCCUCGCCGGCUGGCGCUGGAUGUACAUUAUCUGUGCCAUUAUAACGAUUCCUGUCGGUAUCGCCGGCUUCUUCCUCAUCCCCGGUACCAUCGACCAGCCAAACCGGAUGCUGCUCUCCCAGCACGACGUCGACGUAGCCCGACGCCGGCUUCAGCACCACGGCCACGCCGUUCAGGGAAAGCUGAAACUGCAUCACAUCCGCCAGAUCUUCACGACAAAGUCCUUCUACCUCGUCGUCCUCGUCGACGUGCUCUUCUGGAACCAUAGCGCCAACACCGGCGGCUUUCUGCUCUGGCUCAAGUCGCUCAAGAAGUAUAGCUCCGAGGAGGUCAACCAGCUCGGCACCCUUCCGUCUGCGCUCGGCAUCUUCUACACCCUCUUCACCAACUUCUCUUCCGACUUGCUCUGGGGUCCGCGCUGGGGCAUCACCUUUGCCGCCACCGCCAAUUCCAUCGCCAUGCUGAUCCUGACUAUCUGGAAUGUCCCCAUUGGCGCCAAGUGGUGGGCCUUCUGCAGCACAUCCUGGUCGUACUCGCUCUCCAGCUCGCUCUACGGCUGGGUCAACAACAUCCUGCGUGACUCGCCCGAGACACGGUCCUUCACCCUCGUCUUCAUCAACAUCAUCGCCCAGUCGACGACGGCAUGGAAGAAACUACAGUUUAUAGACGUUAUCGGAGAGGAACACUCUGGCACUGAGGCCAUAGCCCAUAGCGACGACGAAGCCUUUCCUGUCGUUACAAAGCAGGCUGUCAUCACAGAACAGGCAUUACCGAAUCUUGGAGCAGCACUCAGAACUGAGAUGGUCUAA